UACUCAAAAAAAGAAAGAAAAAGAUAAGUCUUCAGAAACCAAGACUACCACCCCGUGUCUCUGAUCAUUCUUACAGCAAAAACCUUACACAGACACAAAACAAGUGUAGUGUGUUGUGUUGUGGUGUUGCAACUUUGACGAAAAAGAUGGAAGGGAUGAUGCAACUACCGUACAACACAACUGUGAAGCUCAUGCUCAGUUCACUCGAACGUAACCUGCUUCCUGAUGCCGUCAUCAGAAGACUCUCACGCUUGCUUUUGGCCACUCGACUUCGCUCUUCUUACAAACCUUCUUCUGAACUUGAGCUCUCUGAUCUUCUCCAAUUUGCACAGUCCUUACAAGAGAUGCCUAUUGCAGUUAGUACUGAUAAGCCAAAAUCUCAACAUUAUGAAUUACCAACCUCUUUCUUUAAGCUCGUUCUUGGAAACAAUCUCAAAUACAGUUCUGGUUAUUUCUCUUCUGCCUCGAAGACCUUGGAAGAUGCUGAAGAAGAAAUGCUGAAACUGUAUUGCGAGAGAUCAAACCUGAAAGAUGGUCAUACAGUUCUUGACGUCGGAUGCGGUUGGGGUUCGCUGACUUUAUACAUUGCCAAGAAUUACAGUAAUUCCAGGGUUACAGGAAUCUGCAAUUCCAACACUCAAAAAGCUUUUAUCGAGGAGAAAUGCAUGGAGUUACAACUGCAAAAUGUGGAUAUCAUUGUUGCGGACAUUAGCACAUUAGAAAUGGAAGCUUCUUACGACAGAAUAUUUUCCAUAGGAAUGUUUGAGCAUAUGAAGAACUAUAAAGAUCUUCUCAACAAGAUAUCUAAAUGGAUGAAAGAGGAUGGUCUUUUAUUCGUUCAUCAUUUCUGCCACAAAGCAUUUGCCUACCACUUUGAGGACAAAAAUGAAGAUGAUUGGAUUACGCGAUACUUCUUUACUGGAGGAACUAUGCCUGCAGCAAAUCUACUUCUUUAUUUCCAAGAUGAUGUUACUGUCGUCAAGCAUUGGCUCGUAAAUGGGAAACACUACGCGCAGACCAGUGAAGAGUGGCUCAAAAGAAUGGAUAAGAACAUGGCUUCCAUCAAGCCAAUUAUGGAAUCAACAUAUGGCAUAGAUUCGGCUACUAAAUGGACUGUCUACUGGAGAACAUUUUUCAUAGCUGUAGCAGAACUUUUUGGAUUCAAUAAUGGUGAAGAAUGGAUGGUUGUACACUUUCUUUUCAAAAAGAAGUAAAGAAAGUCAAAAUCACUACUCUCUUGAUUUGUGAAUUGAGUCUAGAAACGAGGCUUGGGAAUGAAUAAUUAUUGUUUUUAUUGAUAAAUCAGUUUGAUUUGGUUUUCUGCCUAUUUUUUUUGUCAGAGAAGUCUUCUUCAGGAAAAUAGAUAUCAGCAGAGAUCAAUAACAAAAGACAUUUGUAGUUGAAACAAAAGGUGAAUGUCCAUUAUUCUCACCAUGAUCUCUAUAUAGUUACAUCAUUUUAUUAUGUUAUAUUUCAUUUCAUCCACUUAUUUUAGCAUUUAAUGUCCAUUACAUUUAAUUUGUUAAUGCAUACUAACUCACUUUGAUUCA